AUGUCAGGACUAUAUCCAUCAACAGCAGCUUCAUAUGCAUGGCCUCGAACUGCCGGUGCAUCAUCAGGACCGGUACCUUUUGGUGGUAACCCAACAGGUUUACCAAUUGUAACUAACUCAGGUUUACCAUUAAAUACAGCAGCAGCGUUUGGUAAUCGACCUCCACCUGUUCCACAACCACCGCGUACACCUUUUCCUUCAAUUCAACAACCACUUGGUCAAACCGGUGGUUUAACUUCGCCUAAUUACACUGGAAUUAAUACAUCACCAGCAUUUAACCCAAAUGCAGCCAAUGCAGCACAAAAUCAAGCACAAAAUGCUCUAUUUGAAGCUUAUCAGCGACGAUUAGCGCAACUUGAAGGUGAAAACGAAGACCGAAGAGCUGCUACAAUGAAUCUUACACAAAUGGGUACGCAAUUAUUACAAGGUCAGAUGGAUGUACAAGAGCAAGUUUUACAAUAUCAAUUUAUGUUAGAACAAUGCAUGGAAACUCUUGAUCAUCAAAAUUAUGUUCUAAAUGAACAAUCUGAUGAAUUAUCAUUACUUCGAGCUAAAAUGAAACAUUUUGAAUAUCUUGUGGAUGCCUUUAAACUUAGUAAAGAAGGUACUAAUCUUUUACGAAGUGGAGUUGGAGAUUCGAAUUGCAUCAGUGCCAAUCUUCUAUGCUGUCGAGAUCCCUUAACUUUACCACCUCCAUCAACUUCUCCAUUUUUUGCUGGUGGUGCAACUCGUGUAACAGCAUCAACAUUUCAACCUUUUAAUCCUCGAUAUCGAUCACCAAAUAGUCGUGCAGCAACAGCUGCAACUUUAAGUGGUCGUCGAAGUGUAACACCAUCAGUUGGUAACCGUAAUUUUCCUAAUUCCGAUCAACGACCUUCACGUCGUUUCGAUAACUCCAAUUAA